AGAGGCACCUGGAAGUGAAACUGAGUAAUCAGCUCCACCCUCCUGCCCUCACUCCUCCGCUUCCUGUUCUUUACUCCUCUGAACAGAUCAGACCGUACAGUAGUUAGUUCACCUACGUCUGUGUAUUCAGGAAAAACCAAAGAAUCAGUAAAACAACAGCAGACGGUGGAACAGACGACCGACUGCAGAAAAGUGAGAACUUCAGCAUUAACGGGAAUUUACCUUCGAUUUGUGGAUCUUAAACAACCAAACACUCAACUUUCAUCAAGUAAAAGACUUCAGCAUCAGUUUCAGGUGGAUUUUCUGUGGAAGAAGAACUCAAAAAUGGAAAACUUAUUUGAUUUUGAAGGCGGCUCUGUGGACUACAGAGCGUUCAGCACUUCAGCUGAUCCAAAAGACGAACUCAUCGCAAGUUUGACAUCUUUCAUAAAACUCUACAGUCAACAUAAAAAUUCCCUUCAGACCACUUCAGAAAGCUUCAGAGCUGCUCAACUUCAUGAAAUGCCAGUUUCUGGGAGUACGGCGUUCCACAGUCUGUGCUCCCUCUUCGGAGGAGUUACUGGUGCAACUGGUGGAGGCCUUUCGGGUGGAGUAUUCGGGGCAUUUGGGGCUAUUGGCGCAGUAACUGUCAGCCGGUUCUGUGAUGAUGAUAUUAAGGCAAUCGGUGCAACUGUUGGCGUUGUCGGCAGCGUAUUAGGUGGUGCGGCUGGGGGAGCACUCGGCGGCGCUGUCGGCAGCACAGUCGGAGCUGCAGUUGAAGCAACAGGUAGCCGAGUUGAUGCCGUCGUCAGCAACGUAGCAUCGUUCGCCAUCGGCCUUGCAACUGGUAGUGCAAUCGGUGGUAUUUUUGGAGGGGCGGUUGGAGCAGCAGGCGGUGCGUUUGGUGGUGCUUUUGGUGCUUUGUGCACUACGAAGGUUGUUGUGAAUAUGGUGGGAGAAAUGGUGCGUGCAGCCAAAAAUUCAGACUGUAAAAAAAUGAAGGUGAACGUGAUGCAGAAAACUGGAGAUUUCAGUAAAGCCUUCAAACUGCUGGUGGAAGAGCUGAAGACAAUCAAAGCUCUUUGUGACAAAAUGGCCUCCAGUGACGUCGUGCGCAGUGUCGCUGGACAAACCGCGAAGACGCUGGCUUCUGUCGCCACGAUGGAGGAAACUCUCAGGGACUCUCAGAGCGCCGCAGAUCUGCCACAGUUUGUUUCCAGUGUUGAAGAAGCAGCGAGACUAAGCAAGAACAUCACAGAGGAAGUGGAGACGACGAGAACAGAAGUGGAAAAACUUUUGGUUUUAUUGAGGAAACCCUGAACAACAUCAGUAAACCAAGAACUGGACUCAGAAUACCUUUUUUAAAACUAUUAAUAACUCAUUAAAAACAAAGUCUGUUAAGGUAACUUGGGUAAAUUAAGUUAAUUGUACUAGUUAAGUUAAGUUUUACAGUGUAGAAGUUAAUAUAUGGGAAUUAGUUACAGCGAACACAUUCAAUAUUUAGAAGUAUUGAUCUAGUGGUUUAAAAUACACCAGACUUGAACUCAUUUUAGUGGGUUAAAGGAUACCUUCAGUAAAAAACUGCUAUAAUGUCCCAGAGCUGAUGUAUUUAAAUGCCUCAUUUUGUCCAAUAUAUCAAUAAUAAUCAGUUAACUACAAUAUGUGAUAAUAUAAGUGUUCAUCAUAUUCGAGGAGCUUUAAUCAAUUAAUUUGUUGAUUAAAAAUGAUUAGAUUUAAUCCAUUUAAGGACUUUCAGCUCCAAUCCCUGUUGAAUCAUCAGUGUUAACUUUAUUUUUCCACAUUAGAUGUGAGUAGGACAGUAAACACUGACUGUAGAUGAAUAAUUGGCCUCAUGAGAGAGAACUUUUUCUCCUGAGAGCUGCCGUUUUGAUCGAUUUUUAAAGAUCUGCAGAGCGCAAAGGUGACAAGCAUAGAAGCUGCCACAAUUUUAUAAACUCCAAACUCCCUAAAGAGUAAAAAAAUACACCAUCGAGGGUUUAAACUUCAUGUUCAGUGUUUAACUCUCAGAUAUGAAGCACUGGUUUCUUCUCAACUCGCUCUCUAAGUUGUGAUUCUAGUGUUUUUAUGAGCUGUUCCUCAUGAGAUUCCUCCUCUCGUCUGCAUCUGUUGUCUGCCGCCUCUUUAUUUGAAGCAAAAAGUUAUUUUAUUCUCCUUCCAACACCUGGCAAACAGUUUGACAUUUUUGAUGGAAAUUAAUUCUAAAACUCAAAGUUGGACGUUGUCCUAACAGAUGGUCCUUUAAAACACACACAGGUUUAUAAUUGACUCAUUUCUAAAGACCAAAGAAACAUAUUCAGGAAUCUGUCAUUCAGAAUCAGCAGGUGUGUGUUUAUCUUUUAAUUACAGAAACUGUUCGAAUCUGGAUUGUACAGAUACUACAGGACGUUUUACACCGUAGCUGUAACAUUAUGAGAAAAUUGCAAAAAUAAGGUCAUAAUUUUACAAGAAAAGUCAAAUUAUUAGUUUUAAUUGCAUAAAAAAUUUAAGUUUUGUGUACAUCCAAUUUUAUAAAAUAUAAUCUUGAUAUAAGAAUAAAGUCGUAAUUUUAUGAUAAAAUCAUAAAACAGAAGAUUAUCUUUCAACUAAAAACAGAUUAAUGUGGAAAUAAAUGUGAACAUAUUAUUAAACCUUGAAGAGAACAAAUAAGACUUCCUUUGACCUUCAGAAUAAAAGUUUUAAACUAAAAUAUGUUUGUUACACAGUGACCAAGACUUACUGCAGCAGUUAACGACUGUAGUGAAAACAGGAAUAUUGAAUAUAAAAUGUGGUUCAAUAAACGUAGUUAAAUUUUUUAUUUAGCUUAUUGUUUAUUUUAGAAAUGACUGAUUUUUUUUAAAAUUAGCAUAUUUUAUGCUAAAUGUCAUACACCCUCUUAUUUUUUACAAAAUGUAACUAAUAUUUUUUCUGGAACAAAAGGAUUAGUUACUUUUUUUGUAUCCUGAUUACGUAACUUACUACAUGUAAUCUGUUACUCGCCAAGCCUGACGAUGGAUCCUAUUGUCUCUGUUGAUCCUCUGAUUUUCCUCUAGCGCCACCUUGAGGACAACAUUUAAAUUUAAACUCGGGUUUAUGACCAAAUACACAAAAGUAUCCUUUGCUCAGAGUAUUUUUAAGAAAAAUUGUAAUCCUGCUUAUUAUAUUUUUUACCUUUGUUUUUCUGUAACUGCACUCUUGUAUUAGUUACCCUGUUUGUAUCCUGAUUACUUAACUCAGUUACAUGUAAUCCAUUACUCCAGACUCCUGAUUACGUCGUACAAAUGACCCUAAAAAGCAAGAAGACAGUGAAUCACAAACGGUAUAAAAUGUUUUAUUUGUUGAAAUGCAGAAGCAGAGUAGAAGUUCCUCAUUCGUACACUUCAGUAUUAAAAAUAAUUUAAAUAUAUUACAAAUCUAAAUUUUGAGAGACCUACUGGAGGACAAAGAGAUGGUGAUUAAUAUUCUAUUUAAAAUAAAACCAAUUAAAAAUCACGUCUUUUUUUAAAAUGCAUUUUUAAGAAAGCUAUCAAAAUGAUUUACGAGCGGUCCGUCCGUCGUUCGAGUCACUUCUCGCUCUGAGCCGCGUUAAUGAAGCACUCUUCCAUGUAAUUGUCUUAACGAGCUCAGCAGACAUCCAGUGUCGUUAGCAUCAAGUGCUGCUAAUAUUCACUCUCUUUAACAUUCGAUUAUUCAAAUCACAGAGCGUUUCUACAAUCAUCCAGCUUCAUACUUUAUUCAGAAAGGUGCCUCGCUGUAUCAGACCGUGUUCAGUUGUUCAGAUUGGUGUUUGUGUCUGUUGGAAACAUUUUCACCUCUGCAUUCUCAAACAUGCGAGAGAGCGAGCUCGUUGCCACAGUGAGUUUAAACGUCUAAUCUUUUGUGCUUUUCUAGCUUUCAGUCUGGUCUGUAGCUUUCAGAGCGAGAUGUCUGAGGACACGUGGAGCUGUUGUCCCGGUUUCCACUUGGCGCUGCGUCGGCCGGCGUCUGUCCGUCUGUACGGCUGGUUCCUUAAAUCUGAAGACAAACACACACACACACACACUGAGGAACUACCUGGUAAUGUAUACAUCAAAACAUCUAUGCUGUAACAUUAAGCUUCAGUUUAGAGUCAUAAACCCUUUUUAAAUAUGCAAUGUAGCCAAAAGUUUGUGGACGCCCCCUUUUAGUCUGGAGCUGUUUUUCAUAUAAUGCUGCAGCACAAUAUUGUAGUAUAAUGUGUAAUGUAAUAUCUUGUGGAAGUCUCAUAGAGGGGGUUAACUCACUUAAUUUUGGUUUAUUAACAUGAGAAAUUGAAGGUGAUACUGGUUACUUGUUUGGAAUUAAUUCAGUUACUUGAGGCGUAUGUAGCUCUAUGCCAAGAGUCACCGCUUGUGCGUUGUUAGGAUGUACACACAGCAGAAAUAUUCACAGCCACUGCUAAUCAGACCAACACUUUACAGACGCUUCUUGUGUGUCUUUUUGGGGCAGUGUGCAUCACCGUGAUGGACGCCUAUAAACAGGAAGAGAAGAUGUUUCUACAGACUUUUUAGUGGGGUUGUUACUCAGAGUGACUUUUGAGCAUAAAGCAACCAAAUGUAUUAUUUAUUUAGCUGAAAACCUCAAUAGUUUACAUGGAGACUGUAAGGGCAGCAUUUCCAGAGGAUCGCGCUAUGGAAACCGGUUUCAAAAGUUUGUAUUUUCAGGCCCCAAGGGAAGGGUGAACGAAAGGCCAAAACACAACACAAAUCUACUGUUUUAUGCAAAAAACGUCACAUAAACAUGGGUGCUAGGGUGCUUCUUUGUGCUAGGAUUGCAUACGGGGAAGUUCAUUUCAGAUUUAUAGCUCAAAAGCUAAAGUUGGGCCUCUGAGAACCUGCGUAAACAAAGAUUUUUAUGCUACCAUAUCUUUUUUACAAAUCAAAUGUAAGAACACUGAAAUGAUGUUAAGGCUAAUUCACGAAUAAAUCUAAGAACAGUUUUAUAAAAGAUGCCUCAGAACUGUAUCGGUGUUAAAUCAAAAAUAAAUCUGAGUAAUUUGCCGUUGAGUUUGAAAUACUUUUUGUUGUUGUACUUUCAGUAACAAUGAAUGUGCCGCUUUUAAAAAGGGAUGAAAGGAGCCGACAGUUUGAAAUGAGCUGGAAGAGAGACCCCGACGUCUCUGGAGGAAACUCUCUGUCGCAGCGCAUAAAGACGGUGCACUGAGAGAGCAGCAGCUUCUGUUCCCUGUAAGGAAACACCAGCAGAGUGGAAGACAAACACACCCACGGAGCACCGAGGGAUUUUAAGGAGUCACCUCGUCGCUGAAGACGGAGUCGCAGAAGAGACGAGAGGAACGUUUGGCAGAACGAGCCGUGAAGGGCACGGACUUUAGAGCUGAAGACACCAGAGAGACAGCAGGGACAGGAAGAGACAAACAAGAGAAGCAAGGACAAAUGAAAGUGAGAAGUUAAGGAAAAAAGCUUAAAAGAGUGAACAGGAUGAAAUGUUUACUGCAGUUUGAAUAAGGAAAGGAGGCAGGUUACAGUCAGAGUUCCCUUUUUAUGGAAUUGUUUGACAUUUAGGGGAAUAAACAUUAUUUAUUAUUAUUUCAUUCUGAAAGUGAGAUGAAAAGAUAUCAUGUCUAUUCAUUUCAUACAGAGCUGGACGUAACAAUGUGGUUAGCUUAGCUUAUAAUAUUUCCGGGAUCUUAAAAUACAAUUUUCUGUCUUUAUUAUCUAUUUUUUUUUAAUCUAUAAAUCAUUUUAACAAUCACAAAGUUUUCUUACACCCCUUAGAAAUCAAGAAGGCCUCGCAACCCACCAUGAAGCUUUGGUGACCCCUAGUGGGAGUCCCGACCCCCAGGUUGGGAACCACUGCAGUAAAGUUACUGUAACAGACUGUGAGUGUGUGUGUGUGUGUGUGUGUGUGUGUGUGUGUGUGUUCCCCUGGGGCGCUGGGUACCUGUGAUGAUGUCCUCGAUGGCUCCAUCCUUCCCCUCCCUCACCAGAGGAGACACCUGCCUCCUCUUCAGCUCCGCUAUCAGAUCCAUCUGAGGCAGUUUGGACGUGACAGGAACCUGAAACAUCAAACGCGUCGAUGUCAAACCUUUAAAAGAAUCAUUCCGCUUUCUAACAGCUCGGAUCUUAUUUUGGGACUUUUGACUCGGCUACUACUCAUAAGAAGAAACAUCCAGUUUUAUUUAUAUCGCUCAGAUUCGAACUCAUAAAUGCCCCUCACAGUGCUUUACAAUCUGUACAGCAUGUGACAGACUCCCCCCCGGAGGGUAAUAAUAACACAGCACAGGACGGGAAAUACGAGCAGUCAGACAAUCAGACAGGUUGUAAACAAACCUGCAGCUUAGCCAAGUUGAUUUGCUUCGGCCUCAGUCAGCGUGUGUGUAUUAAUACUUCUGUGAGUCACUUUCACUUGUGUGUUUCAGUCUGAGCCUUCACUUACAGCCAUCUUGGACCGGACCACAUUUACCUUGUUGUGCUAAUUUCUACAUAUUAUAUUAUUUAACUGUACACAGAAAUCUGUUGUUGGGGACACUGGGGAGCAGGUUGUUUUUCUUUUUUUUGUAAAGGUAAGUGCAGAGGUACUUUGAACGUUACACAGAAGCAACACAUUUUCCGCCUAUUUUAUGUUCUAUCUCUGUGAAUUAAAGGUUUAUUUUGACCAAA